UUUUAAGUUCAAUUCCGUCUGCAAUGGUACGUUUAUUUCACUUUAACAACAGCAUCUAUCCAUAAAUCGUGUUCAACAGCGUGCUGCAUAUUAUUAUACAGUACAUCGUUUAUUUAAAUUCGUGAUCGCUAUUUAUUUACCUAAACAAUGUAUAACAGUGCAAUUUAUUAUAUUUUCUGGUAAUUUGUUUCCUGUAUGUUAUUAAUAGCGUCGAUGAAGUUGAGCCAGCCUUGCCGAAAGCAAUAAUAAUUAUAAUGGAUCAAGAACGAAUGUAUAUGGAUGACAACGUAACUGUCGUUAGACAAAUGUAUGCAAAAUUUCCUUUAAACAAAAAUAAAAGAGACGCAGUAAGUUGUUUGAAACUAAUUGCGCUUAUUUGCGAUUUAAGAGAACAUCUUUGGGAUCUUACUGUGAUAAAUUAAACUUAAACAGAAAUUUUUCGAAAUUUAGUGGUUAAAGAUUCGUUUGUUUCGGUAUAAACUGAUCGCCGAUUAUAGAAUCAUUUGUUAACAAACGUUUCGCUACUCUUAAGAAAUCACAAACAACACGUCGAGUAAUUAAUAAUAAUUGCCUUAAUAACGAUUAAUAAAAAUUGCCCAUCUGGCAAUGUUUUCAGGAUUAACGAAAAUUAAGCAAUGCAAAGUUUAUUUUAUCGAUAUUUCGACCGAUAAAACUUUAGCCGAUAAAAGGAUACUGUUUUAGAGAGGUCGGGCAAGAUAUUCUUUGCAUUUGUUACACGGAGACCUAUGACUUUUUGGCCGCUGGCCUUAUGGAUGGUACGGUAAAAUUGUACAAAACCAGAUCGGACGAAGUGUUGACGCUGCGUGACACUGAAAUGAUGCAGAAACCAAGUCCGACGACCGCGAUUAAGCACAGACCUGUCCACAAAUCUCAUCCGAUCUCGCGUACCCUCCUUGCAACCUGUUAGUACUCAUUGUCAGUUUAUUUUUUAUAUUGCUGUGAAGCGAUAAAGGAUUAAUUUUUCGCUCGGUUCUUUCUCCUUUUACCAUAUUUCGUUGGUCCAGAUGCUAGUGGCUGCGUCAAAUGCUGGCAUUAUCCAACUUCACAGUGUCUUUACACGAUACGGGAAAAGAGGCAGGUGCUGGGUUUAGCUUACCAUUUUCGUCUGCCAAAGUUCCUAACUUUAGGCGACGAUGCGAAGCUUAUUCUUUACGACGAAGAAACCAAGACGCAGGAAAGAGUAUUUCACGCAAGGUUUCCUAUCAUUACUGAAAUAUAUUUCAUCAUUAUUGUCUUGGUUGCAGUGGAAAAGCAAAAUGUAAAAACAGUAUUUCAAGGUUUUCCUUAUUUUUAAAACGUCUUUCAACCAUAUAAUUUAGACUGCGAUAAUUUAGACAUGACAACGAAUCGAACAGUUCUAUAUAGAAUCGAUGCUAUUAUAUAUCAGUGCUAUAGAGCUGUGUAUAUUCGUCGAUCAUCGGGUACGACAAUCUCUACAGACGAUUCAAACGUUUUAGAUCAAAAUCAAUUUGUUUCGACGGAUCUACGUCUUGUAACAACGUCCUAGAGAGUGGAAGACUUCAAAGUCACCUUGAUCUCGUUAAACGUGAUUGUAGCUCGUUCCUGAUCAAGACUAACUCUGCUCAGGGUCGCUUCGAAUCAAAUAAACUCGCACCAGGUGUCCACUGACAGUAGAUUUCCUAGUUAAACAGAUAGAUUGAUCGCUCUGCUACGACACAUUUAACUUGAUAUAAAAUUCAUUUCUUCGUCACUCGUAUCGCGAGUGGUCCACAACUUCCAAAGACACUUGACGAAAAAUCUUUCGUACGAUCACAUUUCUCUGGUUUCUCUUAAUAUGUACAGUAGUACUAAUAGACUACUAAGAAACGGUACUAACAGAGGAUCGCGAGUCAUUGGAAGCCAUGGACGGUCAUAAAUCUAGAGUGUUCAGCGCGUGUUUCAACCCCAGAUCGGCACAUGAGCUGAUAAGCGGUGGUUGGGACAAUACUAUUCAAUUUUGGGACACUAGGCAACCAUACGCACUCAGGAGAAUAUCGGGUGUGCAUAUGUGCGGCGAUGGACUCGAUAUCAGUAGGAAUGGAAGAGAGAUUUUGUCGUGCGCGUGGCAAAGAGAGAAUCCCAUACAAUUGUGGGACUACGGUAGCGGAAAGUUGCUUGCUUCCUUGGAACCCGACAGCUAUCCUUCCCUGCUCUACUGUGGCAAAUACGUGUCGAACAUGUUCAUCGCUUGCGGUGGCACGGAUACCAAUCUCUUCAGAGUGAUCGACUUGCGAUCUCACGCCACGUUGGCGAUGAUCAGGAAUUUAAGAGGUGGUACGUACAGCUUGGACAUUGGCCCGAUAAACCCAAAGCACGCAAAGAAAACGAGGACCAUCUCCGUCGUACCACAACUUGCGUUCUGUGCUGGCAAGCGGAUAUUCGAGAUAGACGCGCAACCAAGUUGAUCGUCCAUCUUUCCUCGGUCGUUCUAUGUCUUGUCCGUGAAAAUUAAACUCUGCCACGAAAGCGAAUCGAUGUUUUCUUUUUCUAGUUUGUAAUUACGACACUAGAUGCUAGAUAUGCGCUUAAGAAAUAGUAUAAUUCGAAUAGCGUAGAUUUUCUUUAUUUCUUUCACCACGAAGAUAAUUUAUGAAGAGAAAUUUUUGGUUCGUUUCGUAUCGGAAUUGUAUAAAUUAUACAAAUUAGUUUAGCACAUUGACGCUAGAAAUACCAGAGCUUACUUUUCUUGACAUUUCUCUGAAAUAUAUUCGUUACUCUUAUUUCAACGUCUCGAGGGAUAUCUGUCCCUGAAGACGUUCAACAGUUAUCUUACUCUUUAGAAGUAAAUAAUUCGUGAUAGCGAAAAUAAUAAUAUUUAAGUCGACUGGUACGUUCCAGUGUUUAACGUCACGCAGAACACCGAUAUUCGAUAAAAAUUUUCGAAAAUGACGAUACGAGCCACCGAUGGUACACACAGCUCGAGAAGAAUAUCAACGCGAAGCCACAAAGAAAAAGGAAACGAUCUAACGAAUAAUCAGUUUCGUGCUGAAUAUCAGUCGUAAAGCACAGCAUUGGCAAUGUAACAUUUUUAUUCUAACUUAAUGUGUUACAGUUUUUCAGUAGCAUUCGGUCUCAGGAUAGUUUCACACCCCGGAUCUGUUUCUUCCGAGGAAGAACGAACAGAGGUUAGAACAAACGUAUGAGAAAAUUAUCCGCAAAAUUAUCUCAAUAAUAAAAUAUAUCUCUACGCACACAACGGUCACGGCGCAUCUUAUCAAAAAAUGAGCCUCGCAUUCAUCAUCAUCAUCAUCAUCAUCAUCAUCAUCACCACCACCACCACCGUCGUCAUCAUUACCAUCAUCAUCAUCAUUACCGUCAUCAUCACCACCACCACCACCAUCAUCAUCAUCAUCAUCAUCAUCAUCAUCAUCAUCAUCAAUCAUCUUCAUCUUCAUCAUCAAUCAUCUUCAUCUUCAUCAUCAAUCAUCUUCAUCUUCAUCUUCAUCUUCAUCUUCAUCAUCAUCAUCAUCAUGACCAUCAUCACCACCACCGCCAUCAUCGACAUCAUCAUCAACAUCAUCAACAACAACCUCAUCAUCAUCAUCAUCAUCAUCAUCAUUAUCAUUAUCACCAGCAUCAUGAACAUCAUCAUCAUCCAUCAUCUUCAUCUUCAUCUUCAUCUUCAUCUUCAUCAUCAUCAUCAUGAACAUCAUCAUCAAUAUUAGGACAGUAGUAUAAAAUUGGUCGACAUGGCUUUGCGAAUGCAAAUAAGAAUGAACGGUCCGAUGAUAUGUCUAAGAACGACGAACGUUGAUAUCGAGCCGCGUUUCUCAUUGUACUUUCUCAAGUUGCAAUUACGGUAAAAUCUUCGAUAAACAAUUAUCGUCACUGGUCAAUGAAGAAAAAGGGGAGAAGGAACAAAGAGCAUAAAGAGGGGAAAUGGGAACAGAAAGAGAAGAAUAGAAGAAGAAAUAAGACAGGACGAUCGAAUUGAAAAGCGAAAAUGAAAUAUACAUGAAAGAAAUUGGAUUCGCGCGACGAUGCUUUACACACGAUAUACAAACUGACAUGAGUAUAAAGAGAGUAGAAGAACCGAUCAAAUCGUUCAAACGAUUCGAGGCAGCUCCCCUCGGGAUAAAGGGGAGUGUAGGGUGGGGGCGAGUUAUUACUUUCGUCUCUCCUCGCAUACUGUGCACCAUUCUAAUCACAUCUUUCACUCUAAAAUACUAAUUAGUACAGCUUAAACGUUACACGUCGUCGUUCCGAGGUGCGUCUCUUUAUAUGUAUAGAAUCUGUAUCUUGCAUACGCCUCGGCGAUCACAACGUAGACAGCAGAAGAAGGAGUCAGAGCGAUAUUUUAGUACAUAACGCGAGGCCCGGACCUUUCGUUCACAGCCUGACCGGAGCCGACGCUAUCUUGUGUCCCGAUUCAAGAACACGCUGGCUCCAACUUCUACGCAACAUCCCCGCAUACACAACACAUCACGUUUGAUUCCAAGCCCAUAUUAGGUCUAUUAGGUGACGACACGUCGUAGGAAUAACAGUGUUUUCCGCGUCCUCCGAGAAUUGUUGCAUUUCCAGCUUAAAAAAUAAUUGAACUAAUUAAGAGCAGGCCAAGGACACGUCUGACGAAGAAGGAACAUAAAACGUUGAAGGACCUUGAACGUGCCUUUUUACAAUUAUAUGUAUACAGUCGUUGACGGUAGGACAAGGCACUUGUAUCUUUUCGAUAUCCCUUGAAAUCUAUACCAACGUAGAAACUGGUCGUUUCUCUUUUGUCUUUCUUCCUUUUUCAUUUUCACUUCGCUUAUCAACUAUGUAUCUGCUUAUCAAACUGCUUAUUAAAUAUUCCACGCGAACAUACUCUGCUGGACGAAUA